CGCGGGCUCUCGGAAGCUGGUGGCUGCCGCUCGGUGGGUGAGGUGGCCCCUUUGUCAGAGGCCGAGUGGAUGGGGACGGCUGAGCCUUCUCCUGGGAAAGCGUCCUCUGGUUGUUUCUGACUAAACCCUCGCAAUCUGAGAGUGCAGAAGGCUAUUGCUGAGAGGGGACUUGAAAGAGCGGUGGCAGACCUCAGUGAGAGGAUGACUCAGCAGGGGGCUGUUCUUCAGGGUUACAACAAUGAACUAGUAAAAUGCAUUGAAGACUUGUGUAUGCAAAAAGAAGAGCUGAACAAACAAAUCCAGCAAGCAGAAGAGGAAAAAAAUAAACUCCAGCAUGAAAUCCAAGUCCUGAAUGAACAACUGAACUGUAUAUGUGAAGACCUGGCCCAAAAGGUAGCUUCACGGAAUGAGCUUGAUAAAAUUCUUGCUGAAACUGAAGCUGCUUACAUGAAGAUUUUGGAUAGUUCUAGAACUUUGCUUAAUGUUCUGAAGAAGGAAGUGGGAAGCCUAAAACAUACGACAGAAAUGAAAACUAGUGUAACAUGAAAUGGUCAAAUGUUUGGACUCAACAGUGCUAAAGUUCCACUAGGUGAGAAAUGUGGUUAGCCACAGAACCUUAUGAUGACAGUAUAAACAGAGAGGGAUUUUAUUCCAACCUUUCUGUAUUUUUUAUUAUAGUUUUUAAAUGCACUGGGAGAGGAAAUAAAGUUGCUGUUUUGUUGUUAAACAAAGAUCUGAUUAAUUAAAUACUGCAAAACUAAUAAUAUAUUGUGGAUAGGUAGUUGAGGCAGAUGUGAGACUGACAGUUUUGACGUGGUGAUGCUUCAAGGCUAUUCUAAAGACAGCGAAAAAAAAAUCGUCUUUUAUUGCUUAGCUUUGGAUGGCUACCAGUGAAUUCUUGUUUGAAAACUAGUAGAUGCACGUAGGUAAGAUACUUCUUUUCACUUUACAGAUGCUUAGGCUUUACUGUUGAGGACCAGUAGAAACCAACCAUUUAGCUUCCUCUAGGUAUUUGGAGUUCUGUCUGAUGCAUGCGCAAAGACAGCCCCUGUUUAGAAUCAUCUGUCACCUACCUGGAAUGUUGGAGCCAUAAGAUGAGAGAACAUGACUUAAGAAUGAAGGCUUAAAGUGUGAGACUGUAUGUGGUUCAAGCAUCUUCUGAAGCUGUGCUCAAGAGCAUUGCUUAGAAAGGAGACCCGCUGUAGUGAAAGACAGGGUUUGAUGCAAGUCCCUGCCUCCCAUAUGCAGGGCCCAGUGCCGCAGACAGCUACAUCUUGUACGCUCAGACUACUUACUCCACUUAAGGAUACGAAAAGAUGACUUUCGGUAGUGUCUAGGUGGUGAACUAGGGCAGUAGGUGAACCUACCAGGGUUCAGUCAAUAAUGCUAAGUUAAAUACAAGUCAAAAGAAGAUAAUCUUAGCUAAAAGCCAAUAAUAGAACUUCUGGAAACCUUACUUUUAGUGCCUUUUAUACUCAUCUAUUAAAUAAUAAGAUUGUAAAUAAUGGUGAACAUCCUGGAAUAGACAGAAGUAAACACAAUUGAAAGCUUAAAGUAGAAAAUGGGAAGUAGUUUGUAGCUGUCUGGCAUUUUUACAGAUGAGGUUAAAAUAGAACCUAGUUUAGCUAUCAGAGUAGAGGUAACAGCAUGGCAGAAAUCUCAGGAGUCCUGUUUUCUAUUUUUAGUUUGUGUGUGCAUACACAUGCAUUUUGUCCUGCUCAUUCAGGUGUUGUAGCAGUAACUUUAUUUUUAGGCUGCCUCUUGUAAGUAAAUCUUCAUUCUAUAGCAAUUAAUUAAAUUGAAAGAAGUACAAUUGUAAUCUCCUUAGUUGAUAACUGUCUUUCAGGUGCAAGUGCAUCCAAGGGUACAUGGAUGUGAAUAGUUCAGUAGUAGCUCUUCACCAAUAAUACAAAGCAAAUUUUAUGUUCUUCUAGUUGCUGUGCUACAUUAGAGAUUAGCCUGACUGAGUUAAUCAAGAGUUUGCUUUUAUAGUGUUUCCACUGACUUCCCUCAAGUAGUGCGAAGGUGAUAAAAAUUUAUCUGAGAGGCACUGCUAUUGUAGUACCGCAGUAUUCAGGACCACCUUGUUCAUAUUGAAGUGACGCACUAAAAUGUUGAUGUUUUCUAGUAGCAAAAAAGUGGUUUAUUUGACUGAAUCUUCCUUGGCAUUCUCUCUUCACUUAGUCUGGUAGUAGUAACUAAUGUACUGCAAAGUAGGAAGAUUCGGGAAAAGGUAUUAACUAAAGAACAAGGGCUUC